CUCUGUACAAACGCAGCACCACCCCGGCCGCUUUGUAAGAGGAAAAUUUAGCCGAAAGUAUUCCAUCACAUACUGUUGUCUCUUUUGCAAAUAUGGCGGAAGAAGAAGGAAAAGUCAGUAGAUGUCUGAAGUACACUCUGUUUGCGUUCAACCUACUUUACUGGGGUAUUGGUGGUGUUAUGAUGGGUAUUGGCUUCUGGGCAGUGACACAAAAGAGUGACUACAAAGAAUUCUCCAGCAUUUCAACUGAUCCAGCAAUUGUGAUAAUUGUUGUUGGUUUUUUCAUCUUCUUUAUUUCCUUUUUUGGUACAGUUGGUGCUCUAAGGGAGAACAUAUGCUUUCUCAGAACAUACAUGAUAGUCAUGAUAAUCAUUGUCAUUUUGGAAGUGAUAGCAGGACUGCUUGCUUUUGCAUUUUGGCCUGAGGUUCAGAAAUCUGUGGACAAUCAGUUUAAGAAAGCAAUUGAGAAGUACAGAGAUGAUCCUGACCUUCAAAAUGCAAUUGAUGCUGUCCAAGAGGGUUUCAAGUGUUGUGGAAGCACAGGUCUUAAUGACUGGGACACCAAUCGCUACUUCGUAUGUGGUGGGCCUUCUCCUGAAGAGUGCAGUGUUCCUCACACUUGCUGCAUACGUCAAGAAGACCAGAAACCUAACAUCCAAUGUGGCUGGCAGGUUAGGAAACAGCAUCGCUUGGCUCUAAAGAAUAAAAUCUACAUAACUGGCUGCUUGGAUGCAGUGUGGGAAUGGUUCAGGAAUCAUCUUGUAAUUGUGGCUGCAGUUGCUGUGGCUUUUGCCUUCCCUGAGGUUGCUGGAAUUGUCAUGACCCAUUUAUUCAUCGGACAGAUUCAGGAGCAGAUUGAAGCUUGGAAAAACCCUCCAAGGUACAAGUACAGACCCAGUCAAGAUGUGUAUGGAAGAAGUGGACCCUUCUACUAGCCUAUCCCUAAGUUAAUAAUGGUUUAAAAUGCAAUUUUUAGGUUGAUGUACACGCUGCUGCAAUUAGAUGAAGAAAACAGAUUUCGUAUCAAUGUUGUCUUUACAAGUGCUUGUACUUUUUAUAAGUGCAUGGACUAGCGAAAUUCUUAGUCAAUCACGGUACCUACAACCGCUCAGCUUUUUUAUGUGAAAAUUGCCAAACUAUUUCUCUGUUGUCAGUGGUUGCUUGGUUUAUUCAGCAUUAACCUGGUGCAUAGAAUGUAGAGUGAGCUUGACGUGGACUCGGCGUGUUUGUCUCCUUUCCACCCCCAGGAAAUUCGCCACUUCCCACCACCCCCAAGGGGGUGGUAGGAGGUGCAAAAACCUUACAAAAUCAUUUCUAUGAAAUUCUCUCAAUUCUUUCAUUUUCAUGCGAAAGGUUUUGAGCGGUUUUGCAUGUCAUGUCAUGUCAUGUACAUUACGAGAUGUCUGUCGACGAUGGGGUAUAUUUACGUGUACCUCAGUCUGAUUUCCUUUCAAGUGACGUAUGUCCGCUUACAAUAGUCAUUGUCGACCUAAUAGUUUUGCCUCCCCUGUCAGACACUUUGUAACAACUGUAGAGCUGUGUAACCUUUUAAGAGUAAGCUUUACACUUCAAAUCCCUUUUAAAUUGAUUCUACAACGUAGAUAAU